AUGGAUAUGGAAUCAGUAAUGGAGUUUCUAGGCGGCGUGCCUUUGCUGCAGCGGUUGCCCAGUUCUUCGCUCAAGAGAAUUGCUCAGCUUGUCACGCCUCGGCACUAUGAUAAAGGGCAGUAUGUUAUUCGUGAGGGCGAAGUCGGAGAAGGUGUCUAUUUUAUAUGGGAAGGGGAGGCUGAAGUUGAUGGAUCAGUGCAUACCGAGGAAGAAAACCGUCCUGAAUUUCAAUUGAAACGAUUUGAUUACUUUGGCAAUGGUUUGUCUGUCUCAGUCCAGCAAGUAGAUGUGAUCGCUUUGACCAAGCUCACCUGCUUAGUGCUGCCCUACGAACAUUGCAGUUUGCUGCAAACAAAAUCAAUCUGGAGAGCAGAUGAGACUCAUGAUUCGUGCUCCCUUGUGGAGCGUAUACUGCACUUGGAUUCAAUAGAAGUGAAUCUGUUCCAAGGAAUAACCUUGCCAGAGGCCCCCAAGUUCGGAAAGGUAUUUGGAGGUCAGUUUGUUGGACAGGCACUAGCAGCAGCAUCGAAAACUGUGGAUUGCCUGAAGAUUGUACACAGUUUACAUUCUUACUUCCUUCUUGUUGGGGAUUUUGACAUGCCAAUUCUAUACCAAGUUCAUCGCGUUCGUGAUGGGAAAAGCUUUGCUACUCGCAGAGUUGAUGCAAUACAGAAGGGAAAUGUUGUGUUCACGUUACUCGCAUCAUUUCAGAAAGAAGAAACCGGAUUCAAGCACCAAGAAGUUGCAAUGCCAUCUGUGCCAGAUCCAGAGAUGCUCUUGUCAUUGGAACAGUUGCGUGAUAAGCGUUUAACUGAUCCUCGUCUCCCUAGAAGCUAUAGAAACAAGGUAGCUGCUAAAGAAUUUGUCCCUUGGCCAAUAGAGAUUAGGUUCUGCGAGCCUAGCACCCGUACCAAUCAGACCAAGUCUCCUCCAAGCUUGAAGUACUGGUUCAGAGCAAAAGGAAAGCUUUCAGACGAUCAAGCUUUGCAAAGGUGUGUAGCAGCAUUUGCUUCAGAUCUCAUCUUUCUUCAAGUUAGUUUGAACCCUCAUCGCUAUAGGGGUUUGAAGGCAUCCGCUGUUAGUCUGGAUCACUCGAUGUGGUUCCAUAGACCUUUCAGAGCCGACGAUUGGAUAUUGUUUGUGAUCAAGAGCCCCGCUGCCUCCAAUGCACGCGGCUUUGUGUUAGGAGAUAUGUUCACUAAAGGGGGUGAGCACAUUGUGUCGCUAACGCAAGAGGGCCUGCUUCGGAAGUAUAUGCCACCAAAUCCAGCCACGGGCUCAAAGCUUUGA